AUGACCAGGAGAAUUGUCCGUACGAGCAUCCAGCUUGGGAUACUCACACUCAUCGUCCUCCUACUCGUCUUCUUACUCGACAAUCGAUUCAACGUGCUCCCAGAAGCCAUACAUAACGCCCUCCCUGCACAUCAUCCCGGUCUAGUCAUUACAGAUAUCACAAUCGCAACAUGCUCAUCUAUAAACCUCCUUUCCAGUUGCAAGCUUGAUCAAAAUAAAUGGCACCGCGUUGAAAAGGAUCUUUAUCUCUCAAAAGGGUGGCUAUCACAUGCAUUCGUCCAUAUUGAGCGCAAACGCGAGUCCGAACUUACAGACAAAGACCGCAUAAUCCUUGACAUUCGGGUUGGUAGCCUGGAUCCUGUCUUGUCAGAGAAGGACCAGGGUGCAGAGAAGUGGGAGUCUCGUCAAGCCGGUCUUUGGCUUAAGCGCACCUCCAAGCAUCGCGACGCGGACAAGAACCAAGCGGUGACUGCAGUAGAUGUCUUGUUCGGUUCAGACUCCGUGGAAGUCCGUCCUGGCUGGCAAAGAGUUCCUCAGCCGUUGAUGCUUCGCGACAUAGGAGGAGAGAACCAAGGCGCCUAUAUUACAGUACGGCGAGGUUCCCCUAACGACAUCCGUCCGCCUCCUCCCCGCGUCAACAACCACGGAAAAUUCAAAAUAUUACAGGUAGCUGACUUGCAUCUCGCAACUGGCCCAGGAGUCUGCCGUGAUGCUGAGCCUCCAAAUCACAACGGAGGUAAAUGUAUCGCGGAUGAACGGACUCUCAAUUUUGUAGCCUCAGUAUUAGACGAUGAGAAGCCCGACAUGGUUGUUCUCUCCGGAGAUCAAGUGAAUGGCGACACCGCUCCAGACGCUCAAUCCGCUAUCUUCAAGUUCGCUGCCCUCUUUGUCGACCGUAAAAUUCCUUAUGCCACCAUCUUCGGUAACCACGACGACGAAGGCAAUUACGUUGUUGAGGUCCUCGCACGCGGUCAAUCUACACACUCGGCACUAACCCUCUACCUUCUCGAUACCCACGGCUACUCUCCCGACGAGCGCCAAUUCCGCGGAUACGACUGGCUGAAGAAGAAUCAAAUCGAAUGGUUUAAAUCUACAGCCCGAGAAUUAAAGCAUAGCUCAUCCCAUACCGGCUACAGACUCCAGCACAUGGAGAUGGCCUUUAUACACAUCCCGCUUCCCGAAUAUCGUGUCACAUCCGACAUGGUCGUACCAGCCACAGGUAAACAGCUUGAGAACCCCACUGCCCCAGCCUUCAAUUCCGGAUUCCGCGACGCUCUGGUCGAGGAGGGUGUUCUCGCCGUUUCAUGUGGCCAUGAUCAUGUAAAUGAUUAUUGCUCGCUGAGUAAAGGGCGGGAUGGCAAAGCGGAGCUGUGGAUGUGUUAUGGAGGUGGUGUUGGAUUCGGAGGGUACGGUGGUUACGGAGGAUACCAUCGCAGGGUGAGGAUAUUUGAAUUUGACAUGAACGAGGCACGGAUUAUGACGUGGAAGAGGGUAGAAUAUGGGGAUAUUGGAAAGCGGGUUGAUGAAGCCAUUAUUGUUGAAGGUGGGAGGGUCGUUGGAUUGAAUCAGUAA